AUGAUCCGAUGCGAAGUAGACCACGACAUCCAUCACGACUCCGAUCACCUGCCAAUAGUGACGUCCCUGCACCUUGCGACUGCCGAGCUGCAGCGGGAGAAGAAGCGGAACUGCAAAGCCAUUGAUGACAGUGCGCUCGAUCGGUACGUGGAGGCAAUUUUCGAAGCGGUCUCAACAGCCAUCGAGGCAUCAGUUCCGGCCGAGAUCCCAUCCCUGAGGUCCAGAACAGGCUGGUCCGAAGCAUGCAAGAACGUUCUAGCGAAAACGAGACGACUUCGCAGGACAUACAGCGACCAAUAUACCGAAGAAAGCUGGGAAGCGUACAGAGCGGCGAAAAACAGCAAGAGCCGUAUCGUAAGGAAAGCGCUUCAACAAGCACACCGCGAGGCGGUGGAAAUAGCAGUCGAAUCCAUCGCGUCGCCAUGGCGGAUCGCGAAAUGGGCCCGGAACACACAGAACCAGUCACCGAUUGCCACGCCAGAAAUUCAAAACCACCACACGCCGCAGACUGCUACCGCCCCUGAAGAGAAAAGGGCACUGUUCAACGCGGUACACAUCUACGUAGAUGGCAGCGGCAUCGACUGUCAAAUCGGGGCCGCCGCAUGCUGCACCGCCACAAAGGAAACUAGUAAAUCGCACAUAGGCGACUAA